AUAUGUCCCUAAUCGCCCCAUUUUACGGUACAUACUACCUUCAAAUUGUGAGGGAUCUGUUUCUCCCGAAGACAGUGGUGCCUGCAGAGAACUAGUAAUGAUUAUUAUUAAUAAACGACAAAAAGUGAAAUAAUACCGUUGAAAUAAUUAUUCGAAAUGGAUUGCUACGGUUCCGAUUCAGACGAAGAAUUUGAAGUAUGCCCAAUCAGAUCAAACUCAUAUGCUUUGCCUUUCGACCCUACAUCAUUAGAAAAUAUAAUUCUAACCAUUUGUGAUAAUUUUGAUUUCCGUCUGGUACUAAGCAGUGACAGAGCAAAGGGGGCUUUAAUUGUGACUACUGGCUUAACGUUUGCUGGGGGGAUGUUGGGCAGAUAUUACGGAGGCAGAGUCGGUGCCAUGGUUGGUGGCGCUGUUGGCGGGGUCUGUGGGUUGGGCAUUGUUGCUGUCUCGAUGAGGGACGUCUGGGAGGACAUAAAAGCCAAACUAGCUGAAUUAUUCGAUAUAGUUUAUGACUAUUUAGCCGGCAUGGGCAUUGAUGAUUACAAAAACGCAAUAACAUUUUUGAAUCAGCACAGAGGGAGUAACGUGCAACUUGCUUUAAUCAUUGCAGAAACGGCUUCAAGUAUUCUGGGAAAGAAGGUUCUGUCCAGUCUUAGCGCGUCUUAGUCAUAAUAUGUGUACGAUUUUUUGAUUAGAUUAAGUGUCUAUUUUUUAUAUUUAAAAAUAUGUUAUUUAGUAUUAAAAUUAGAAUAAUUAAAAUUUAUUCAUAUUGUAAGACAAUAAAAUGUAAACAAAGAGAAAAUGUAAUUUAUGGCUUUCAGGCGUAGUAAAUCAAUUAAGAAUGGUCCAAAGAACGUAUCAUUUUAAUUAAUUGUUUUGUUUCAUAAAUAUCAUAGUCAGGAUCGUUGGUCUCUAUUAAAACUAAACUUACAAUAAUAUAAUACUAGUUGACAAUUAUAUUAGAAUUUAAUCUCAAUUGAAUCCCACAUUAGAAGUGUUAAUUUUAAUUUUUAUAUGCCCAUUCCUUUUAAUAGCGACCAUUGUAUAUAAAAAUAUAUUUUUAAUUGAAUUUGUAUUUCAUAAAAGACAAUUAUUUUUAAGUUAUUAAUAAGCAUAGGUAUCAUUAGUUUUAUACAAAAUAAAAAGAUAAGUAUUGUAAUGUUGAUUAAGAAUAUUUCAAUUUAGUACAUAAGAAAACGUCUAGUCAUAGUCUUAAUAAGUGUAUGAAAAUAUGUAUGUGGUUGUCCAAAUAAGUACCUAGUACGUGUUUUAUUCGUUACCAAUAUAUUUUACUUUGUGAUGUGACAUCUUCACGCCAAGCUUGAAGUAUACUACCUUCUUUAACUAGUCUAGCCGUGAUCAGUCGUUUGGCUGUUUGUGGAUUCAUUUAAUUCUCUGUUUUUAUUUAAAUCUUCCACUUUAUUUUAUAAUACUUACUUUCCCCUUCAUUUCAUCACCUUUAUAUUAAUUUUAAUCAGUAAUUAACAUAAAGUCCAUUAUAAAAGAUAAUAUUAGAUAAAAUGCGUAGAAUUAUAAGUACUAAUGUUUAUUUAAUAAUGUUGAUGUUAAUUAGAAUUAAUAUUUUUUAAGGUUAUAUUAUUAUAAUAGUAUUAGAUAUUAUUUAUUGUUGAUCGAUAAAUUCAAUUAUUUUUUCUUCUUAAAUUUGUUAGUAGUAUUUAAUAAAGCAGUUAAUUUUGGUGAUAAGUACCAUUUAGUAUAUUUAUUAAAAUUUGCAUGAAU